AUGGAAAAAAAUAAAUUUCAGGAGCUCUGGCAAACCUAUAUUUGCCCUGAACGAAAACUCAAAAGAUUUAAAUAAGCAAAGGACAAGAAAAGAUACAUUAAAAAGGCUUAUCCUCUUGAAUUCGGACCUGAUGGCAAGACCUUACUGUAAAGAGGACCAUGGACAUAGUAGGAAAAAGAAAUUUAUUUAUAAAUUUGCUAAAAUCAUUAGAAAGAAUGUCUAUCAAACCAAACCAAAGAACUAUUUUAGGAAAUACUCCAAUUAAUACCAACUAGAAACCUUACCCAACUCAAAGGUUAUCAUAAUAAUCACAAUCCUUUCCAAACCAUUAUAAUUAAAGAGAGCAAAAGAAUCAGAAGAACUAAAUUUCAAAUGAGUCAAGAAAAACUGAAAGAGUUUGCCUUAAAAAACAAAAAGAAAAGGCAAAUUAAAUAAUUAGAGAAACUUUCCAACCUUAAUAAUCAAAUCAUCACCCAAGAAACAUAAAUUAUUCAAUUUAAAUUGGAUGAUGACAAACAAAUCGAAAUAAAGGUCUUUAUAAAUACCGAUCUAUUAUUGAAUCUCAACUAUACAGAAGAUGUAAAAUUAGAGAAAGAUGAAAUUAAAACUGAGAAUUUAGAAAGUGGAAUCUAAGAAGGAAAAGAAUAACUUUGUUAAUAGAAGACCUAAAAAGAUAAAAUUGUAGUUAAACUACGUAACCAACAAGAAAUAAAAGUUGAGAACGUAGAAGACGAACCUUCAUUGAUUAAUAAGGCCAAAUAAAUUGUUUUUAAGGAAUUAAUUUGUUUUAUAGAAUUAGAAAACAAAUAAAAUAAACGAUUGUUUAGAGAACUAAAGUAAUUUCAACCAAGAGAGAAACACUAUAGAUAAUUAGUUAAUUUCAAACAACCACACAAAGAUGAUGUGCCUCAGAUUGAAUAAAAAUAAAACAAUUAGAAAGAUGAAUAAUAAAAAAAAGAUAAAAAAGUUUAAUAAUAGAUCACCUAACCAAUCAAUACUUAAAAUUUAUAGGAAGUUAGAUUAUCUCCAGAAAAAUAACAGAAAGCAUAGAUCCAAACUAAUAGAAUUAAAAAUAGUGUUGACUAAAAAUUAAUUAUUGUGGAAAAUUAAGAAUAGACAAAUUAAAAUCCGAAUUACAUUCAAAUUAUUGAUAAUAAUCAUAAUCAAUUUGAUUAAUAGCAGAUUAAACAAUCAAAUAGUUUGAUUAAGUCAAAAAAGAGAUCUUUGAGUUGGUAAGAAAUUCAAGUAAUUGAAAUACCUUAAGAUGUUUAAAAUGGAUAAGAGAAACCUAAUAAAGAUGAAAUAAAUUAAUAGUUUUAAGAAAAUUAAGAAGUUGAUGAUUAAUCAGAAAAUGAUAAUAAAAAAUCUAGAUAAAAAUUAUAAUAGUUAAAACAAAUACAAAAAUAGAUUAAAAGAGAAAAGAAGGUUGAAUUAGAAAAAUAAAAAUCAUAAGAAUUGGAAAGAUAAAGAGAAAUAGUAUUAGAAAAAGAAAUUUAAAUAGAGCUAGAAAAGGAGAGACUAAGAUAGAUAGAGAGAGAUAAAUAACAAGAAAUUUAGAGAUAUAAAAAAUUGGAAUAAUAAAAAGAAAAAGAAAAGUCAAGAGAGAAGAAGAAAGAGAAGCGAUUAUAGUUUUGUAAUGAACAUGAUAGAAAAGAAAGAAACAGAACUAAAAAUAGAGAGCUUAAAUCACUUUAGUAAUUAAGUUAAUAAUAAAAUAAAACCAAUAACAAAGAACCAAAGAAAGCAAAGCCCUAAAAUAAUUAAAGCCAAAAAUCCUAAGGAUAAAUUCAUCAUAUUAAAAAGUAAUCGGGUGAACAAAUGGCAGAAAAUCAAAAUUAAUAAUAAUAAGAAUUAAAUCUUCCUUCUUAUAUCCCUCAUCCAUAUUAAAUACCAAUGCUUGAUCCAAUCUAGUAAUAAUAAUAAUACUAUAUGAAAUAACUUUAAGGGAGUUAAUUCUUUGCCGUUAAGGAUUGCUAUUAGUAACUACAAUUCACUGAAGGAUAAUAUUAAAAUUAAUAAGAGUUAAAAAAUUAAAACAAAGAUUUAAGUAAACCAGAUAAUAAUCCUUAAUUUUCUUAAAUGAUUCCAAUUCAAAUUUAAAAUUACCCUUAAUAAGACUAAGCUAUUUAAUAAUCCUAAGCGCAAGUACCAUUUUAGCCACAUUCUCCCUACAUUGGUAAUCCAUACUUUUAUCCGUAAUUUAUGCCUGUUAGACAAGUUCAAUAGUAACUAUAAGAUGGAUAAUAGAAUUCGAAUAAAGAACAAUAUCAAGUGGAAAUGAUGUAUGUUUUUCAAGAAGUCCCAUAAAAUUUUGAUCCAAAUUGCUUUUUUUAAUUUUCCCCAUAGAGUUUUGUGUCUAUCCCUGGAGGCUCCAAGUUAGGGGAUGCUCUUAAAUGA